UAAAAUAGGGCACAGACCCCAAAGCAGCACUGCCAAAACAGAUAGAGAUUUGCAGUGAGACUUGGAAUAUAAGACGAGAGCAAAAGAAAAUCAAAAUUACUUUCAACUUUGAGCUCACAAAACCAACAAAUUUCAGACAUAUUAUUUAUAUACUGCUACAACAAAACCCAUUACACAGUUUUUGAGAUAAAUUCGAGAUAAUAGAUUAUAAUUAUGAGUAAUUGGUUAGGUUUCACAGUCAGUCCACACCUGAGGAUCGAUGAUGAGUUCACUAACAGAGAUGAAGAAGAAGAACACCACCACCACCACCAGCAGCAGCAAAAUAUGUCCGUUAUGCCUAUACGUUCUGAUGGAUCUCUCUGCAUCGUUGAUCCUUUUAGACACUCGAAUGGUUCUCAAGAUUGGAGAUAUGAUGAGAGCAAUAUGGAUUCAAUAAGUGCAACUGAAGAAGGUCCAAAGCUGGAAGAUUUUCUAGGAUGUUACUCAAAUUCUCAAGAAGAAGAUCAAACUCAAACCCAAAACUUUGUUAACAGAAUUAAUGUUAAUGUGCCACCAAGCUUUAACACUGCCAACAAUGGAGAUUAUCAAUAUAUUGAAAACCCACAAACCCUAAUCUCUAACAAUGACCACCGUAACCUCCAUCACUGUGAUCCAAACCCUAGCCAUAACCCUAGUGGUGGCAUGUAUCACGUACCGUUUGAGAGUGGUGCUAGUUCAGUUUCUGGGCUCAAAUCUUGGCUAAGACAGACUCCAUUUUCUAGUGAGAAAUCUUCAAAUGAGAUCAACAAUUGUAUUUUUCAGCCGUUAUCAUUAACAAUGAGUCCGAGUUCUCAAAAUUUAAUGAUUGAAGUUGGUGAGAAUCGUAAACGACCAGUUGCUAAAUCUCUUACUAAAGAACCUGUUCCUCGUAAAUCUAUUGACACUUUCGGACAAAGAACAUCGCAAUACAGAGGUGUCACGAGGCAUAGAUGGACCGGAAGAUAUGAAGCCCAUUUGUGGGAUAAUAGUUGCAGAAAAGAAGGACAAACAAGAAAAGGAAGACAAGUUUACCUUGGUGGCUAUGAUAAGGAGGAAAAGGCAGCAAGAGCUUAUGAUUUAGCAGCUUUAAAAUAUUGGGGACCAACAACUCAUAUAAAUUUCCCUUUGAACGGUUAUGAGAAGGAGCUUGAGGAGAUGAAGCACAUGACUAGGCAAGAAUUUGUAGCCAAUUUGAGAAGGAAAAGUAGUGGGUUUUCUAGAGGAGCUUCUGUGUACAGAGGUGUGACAAGGCAUCAUCAGCAUGGAAGAUGGCAAGCUAGAAUAGGAAGGGUUGCUGGAAAUAAGGAUUUGUACUUGGGAACUUUUAGCACUCAAGAAGAAGCUGCCGAGGCAUAUGACAUUGCUGCGAUUAAAUUUAGGGGUACCAGCGCUGUUACUAAUUUCGACAUUAGUCGGUACGAUGUAAAGAGAAUUUGUUCAAGCUCAACACUCAUUGCUAGUGACCUUGCUAAACGUUCACCAAAAGAAUCUAUUCCAUUGACUCUCGAGGAUGAAAACUCGUGUGCAUCAUCGAGAUCUCCACAGCCCCUUCUCGCUAUUACAGGCAGUGAAGCUUCCGAUGAACUGGUAGACAUGAUGUGGAAUGAAAAUUCAGAUGAACAUCAGCAGCAGCAAAAUGCUAAUAACGCCGGUACUACUGGCACGCAAUUGGUGGGUUUAAGUAGCCGGAUUAAUUCAUCGGAUCCAGCAACUCCAAAAUGUUCGGUUGGCACUACUAGUACUACUGGUGGAGAGUACAAUCAGGGUUACGCAUUGCCGGAUUCGAAGUAUAAUGAUUCGAAGUAUAAUGAAGACGGUAACAAUAGGAUUGGUAGUUUAGGUUUGGUGCAUCCGGUUCCCAUGUUUGCAUUGUGGAACGAGUAGGUCGUAAAUGUUUGAUUUUUUUUUAAUCAAAAAGGAAAGGUAGGGAAAAAAAGGGUAACAAGAAUGUCAUAGGCAAUUUGAACAUUUAUAAGUUUAAAUUUGGGUUCUAUGAGGCAUUAAUUUUGGUCCGUCA